AUGGUAGGCGAAAAAGAAUGGGAAACGUGCUACCACUCUACACCUGCUGGAUAUUUUACCGGGUGUCGCCGAGCCGCCAGCUUUCCUUUCUUCGGAGAUCAUACAUUGGUCCCUAGUAGCGCUCUCAAGGUCCGAUCACAGAGUGAAUCCGAGGGUCUGAAUAAAAUCCGAUUCAGUCAAAUCAACUUGGACGCUUUUCGCAAUCGCCCACGGGAGAUCGUAGAAGAAUGUGGUGAGGUAUCAUGUAAAACUCAAAAAUCGGUCCGCUUCGCUGAUGACUGUGGUCAGGAAUUGUAUUCUGUUAGGGUUAUGACCGAGCCCAGUGACUAUCCACCUCAGAUUAACCCAAGUGUCCUUAGAAGACUACGAGGUGAUUCAUACGUAGAAGAAGCACCUCACAGUGAUCCAGUUCCAACAUGGAACUUAUUAUUUAAGCAACCUGCCAGUGAAUAUGUGCGAUUCAGGGAAACCUUAGACCGUGUAUCGCUUGAGAAUGUGGUGGUGAAGCCGGAUUCGUCAAAGAUUGUCGGCACUAUCAAGGUAUCCAAUAUUGCAUUUGAGAAGAAGGUCUUCGUCAGAUACACAACUAACAAUUGGCAGUCCUAUAUGGAUCGGCAGGCUACGUACCAGCCAUCUACCAGUAAAGUGUAUGACACGUUCACCUUUGAAGUGGAAUUGCCGAAAGCAACUGAUAAGGCUAAACGGUUGGAAUUCUGCAUAUGUUACAUUGCAAAUGGUUGCGAACACUGGGAUUCGAAUGGUGGAGAGAAUUACAAGUUGGAACAUCAGGAUGUGAAUGUACCCCAGAAGAGAACAGUGCCUCCGUUAUUUGGAAGCCUCAAAUACAUGGACCGUGAUGAUGCGUACACUCUGAACCAUAAUGACUGGGCGCAUUUUGCGUCGUGGAAGAAUUUGAGUACUGAUGGUCCUUACUGGUAG